CCCAUCACACAGCAUGAAAUACCUUUCAUCUCUUCUCGUCUUCGCGGCUACCUGCUUAGCGCAAACUUUCCAAGUUUCAUACGACACUAAGUACGACGACGGGAGCACUUCCCUCGCCACUGUGGCCUGCUCGGACGGCACCAACGGCCUCCUCACGAAAGGCUUCACGACUUUUGGGUCACUCCCAAAGUUCCCUUAUAUCGGAGGCUCCUUCGCCAUCGCGGGCUACAACUCGCCAGACUGUGGGACUUGUUGGGAGCUUACGUACAAUAAUGGGGCGGGAGUAGUGAAGAGCAUCAACGUCUUGGCAAUUGACGUUGCGAAGCCGGGGUUCAACAUUGGGUUGGUAGCGAUGAAUAAUUUGACGGGAGGACAGGCGGUUCAUCUGGGAAGGGUGCAAGCAACCGUGAAGCAGGUUAACGCAUCGAUUUGUGGGUUAAAGUGACGUGGUUUGGACAUGUAUUCUAUUCUUCGUGACUGCGAUAUUUUCCCUAGACACGCGCUGAUAACGCUUCUCAAUGACACCGACCCCUUACCUCUUUCUAGCUUCCAAUCAACUGUAUGAUUAAGACCACAAGAAAACGAGCAAAGUAAAAACUAGCAUGUUGCGGUUGAGGUGAACGAUCUGGAAAAAAAUAGUCAUACUAUAUAUAGUUCAUGAUAGAUACCCUGAUACAGCAGCAGUGACCAUCCC